UUUCUAUGAAGCAAAAGCACAAGGGAUCCCCCCCAACUGUCCCACACCGGAAGCAGACACAGUUUGGGCUUUGAAGCCAAUAAAAUCUCUAUGAGUAAUUAAUAUUCACCCAUUCAUUUUCAUUUCCCCCUUCAAAACACCACCAACCAUGGUUUUCUCUCCCAACCUCUUCUUCUUCAUCUUCUUCUUCUUCCUCUUCUUCUUCUUCAAUUCUCUCAAACCCAGCAAUUUUGCUCAUGCAUUGCCUGAUGAUGAUCAGAACCCAAUUACCCAUUCCCCCCAAAUCAACUCCAACUCCGUCCUCGUUGCCCUCCUGGAGUCCCACUACUCCGAGCUCGCCGAGCUCGUCGAGAAGGCGGCGUUGUUGCAGACACUGGAGGAGUUGGUGAGCCGCCAAAACCUCACCAUCUUCGCCCCCGUCAACCACGCGCUCCAGCGCGAGUUCAAGCUCUUCCUCCUCGAGCCCCGAAACCUCCGCUCCUUACAGACCCUCCUGCUCUCCCACAUUGUCCCCAAACGCGUUUCCGUCGACACGUGGCCAACACUGCCGGCGUACGACUCUCUGGCUCGCAACCGGCUCGAGCUGACAAGCCAGGCUUCCGGGGAGAUGUUUGUGGGCUCGGCGAGGGUGACUCACCCGCACGCCGUGAACCGUCCGGACGGGGUUAUCCACGGGAUCGAACGGUUCGUAAUCCCCGAGUCCGUACAGCAAGACUUCAACAAUCGACGGAGCCUCCGGGAAAUCUCGGCCGUCAAACCGGAGGGUGCCCCGGAAAUCGACCCCAGAACGAAACGGUUGAAGAAACAGAGCAAACCCGGUUCGCCGCCGGUUCUUCCGAUAUACUACGCGGUGGCACCGGGUCCUUCCUUGGCUCCGGCUCCGGCACCGGGACCCGGCGGGCCCCACCACCACUUCGACGGUAUGAGGCAAGUGAAAGACUUCAUCGACACGCUCUUGCAGUACGGCGGGUACAGCGAAAUGGCCGAUAUGUUGGUGAACCUCACGGGUUUGGCGACCGAAAUGGGAAGGCUCGUGUCGGAGGGCUACGUGCUGACCGUUUUGGCUCCGAACGACGAGGCCAUGGCUAAGCUGACCACGGACCGGCUGAGCGAACCGGGCGCGCCGGAGCAGAUACUGUAUUAUCAUAUCGUACCGGAAUAUCAGACGGAGGAGAGCAUGUACAAUGCGGUUCGGCGGUUCGGGAAAGUGAAGUACGAUACGCUUCAAUUGCCGCAGCAGGUGGUGGCUCAGGAGGCCGAUGGGUCGGUGAAAUUCGGGCAGGGCGAGGGGUCAGCUUACUUGUUCGAUCCCGAUAUUUACACGGACGGGAGGAUUUCGGUGCAGGGGAUUGAUGGAGUUCUGUUUCCGGUUCAGGAGAACAAAGCUGAGGAUACCAUUGCUUUUUCGCUCGUUAAGGUUGUAGCCAAACCCAGGAGAGGAAAGUUGCUCGAAGUAGCAUGUCGGAUGCUUGAAGUUUUUGGACAAGAUUCUCAUUUCACCACGUGCCAAUGAAGGAAAUGAGAAAAACCAAGAUCCUCUCUCUCUAUAUAUAUAUAUAUAGGUUAAGAAGAAACUUGAAAGAGGAAAAAUGUCAAAUUUAUUUUUGAUUUUAGCGACAACUAUCAACGACGACUCAAAUAUUGUCAUUAAUUAAUAUGUAU